AUGGAGAAGCGUCAGAGCCCGGUUUCCGCCACGGAGUUCGUUGAUGUGAGAUGUGGCCUCCCAUCAGGCUACAGUUUCACAAGCGACCCGAAGCUCCCUGAUCCUUUCACUUUCGCUAACGGCACCAAAGUGAAGAGCAAGGCAGACUGGCCCUGCCGCCGACAAGAGAUCAACGACCCCUUCCAGAAGUAUGAACUGGGAACCAAGCCGAUACCGAAGGCGGGGGCUGUGGCGGGAAGCUUUUCAGCUGGAAAACUAUCCGUCACUGUCACUGAAGGUGGGAAAUCCAUCACCUUCUCUGCAAUAAUCAAGGCGCCAACCGGCGGAACUGCUCCAUACCCAGCAAUCAUUGGUAUCGGAGGAGUCAGCAUCCCCAUCCCAGCAGGCGUCGGAAGCAUCACCUUUGGCAACGACGAGAUGGCCGCACAGCAGAACAGCGCUUCCCAUGGCAAGGGGAAAUUCUUCGACCUGUAUGGCAGCUCCAUGAACACCGGCGCCACCACCGGCUGGGCAUGGGGUGUGUCCCGCCUCAUCGACGCGUUGGAGAGCACAGCAGGCCACAAUAUCGACCCCAAGCGUCUUGGGGUCUCGGGUUGCUCGCGGAACGGAAAGGGAGCCUUCAUCGUUGGCGCCCUCGAUCAGCGCAUCGCGCUCACCAUCCCGCAAGAGUCCGGGUCUGGAAGAGCAGCAUGCUGGCGUAUCUCUGACAAUGAAAAGGCGGCCGGGAAGAACAUUCAAACCGCUGGGGAAAUUAUCAGCGAGAAUGCGUGGUUCGGAACCCCGUUCAACACCUACGCAAAGGUAACCAGCACCCUGCCCUUGGACCACCACAUGCUGACUGGUCUUGUGUAUCCCCGUGGGUUGUUUGUAAUUGAAAACGACAUUGACUGGCUUGGUCCUGUCAGCAUGACCGCUUGCCAGGAGAUUGGACAGCUAAUCUAUAGUGCAAAUGGCGCCACGGGCAACUUUGGUUUCUCGGGCCAUUCUCAUUGUGCGUUCCCGAGUUCGCAGUCUACGGAUUUGAACGCGUAUAUCACGCAUUUCUUGAUUAAUGGAGGGACAGGGGAUAUCAAGCAAGUGCAGACGAGCAGUGCGAAGGCUACACUGAGCACAUACUACUCCUGGGCUGUCCCAAGCUUGGCAUAA